GAGAAUCAAGAUCAUACAUCUCUAACUAUUAAUCUCUUUGGUCAUUGCAUGCAAAGAAGAAACAACUUGAAUCUUGUUCCUUUUGAUCCUGACAUAGAAAGAACUUUUAGAAGACAUCGAAGGGAGAAUUUACAAGUUGCAACUUUAAAUCAGACAAUGGCUGAGGAUAACAAUAAUAAUGGCAAUAAUGCCAUUAAUUUGGUUCCCGAAGCAAAUAGAGCACUACGGGAUUAUGUUGUUCCUCUUGUGCAAGGUUUGCACCAAAGCAUUAGGAGACCUUCCAUCAAUGCGAAUAAUUUUGAAAUUAAGCCAGCUUACAUUCAGAUGAUUCAGUCUUCAGUCCAGUUUAGUGGAUUACCUAGUGAUGAUCCUAAUUCUCAUUUGGUAAAUUUCCUAGAGAUUUGUGACACCUUCAAGUACAAUGGAGUAACUGAUGAUGCUAUUAGAUUGAGACUGUUUCCCUUUUCUCUGAGAGAUAAAGCAAAAAGUUGGCUUAAUUCAUUGCCUAAUGGGUCUAUCACUACAUGGGAGGACUUGGCACAAAAGUUUCUAGCAAAAUUUUUUCCACCUGCCAAGACUGCAAAGAUGAGGAACGAUAUCACCUCAUUCAUACAAUUUGAUGGUGAGUCCUUGUAUGAAGCCUGGGAGAGGUUUAAAGAACUACUGAGAAGAUGUCCACAUCAUGGGAUUCCUGAUUGGUUGCAAGUUCAGACAUUCUACAAUGGGUUGGUUGGGUCAAUAAAAACCAUAAUUGAUGCUGCUGCUGGUGGGGCAUUAAUGAGUAAGAAUGCUGUAGAUGCCUACAAUUUGUUGGAAGAGAUGGCCUCCAAUAAUUAUCAAUGGCCUUCAGAAAGGUCAGGCUCGAGAAAAGCUGUUGGAGCUUAUGAAAUUGAUGCACUUGGCACCUUAACUACUCAAGUAGCUGCGUUGUCCAAAAAGCUUGAUACACUGGGAGUUCAUGCAGUUCAAAAUUCAUUAGUUGUUUGUGAGAUGUGUGGAGAUAGUCAUUCAUAUGAUCAAUGUCCAUAUAAUUCCGAAUCAGUCCAGUUCGUGGGGAAUUUCAACAGGCAGCAAAAUAACCCAUACUCCAAUACUUAUAAUCCUGGUUGGAGAAACCACCCCAACUUUUCAUGGAGUAACAAUGCAGGGCCUUCCAAUCCAAAACCCAUCAUGCCUCCUGGUUUUCAACAACAAGCUAGACCACAAAUUCCAGAAAAGAAGUCCCAAUUGGAAGAACUCCUCUUGCAAUAUAUAUCCAAGACUGAUGCAAUAAUUCAAAGUCAAGGAGCCUCCUUGAGAAAUCUUGAGACCCAAGUGGGACAGCUCGCCAAUUCCAUCAACAAUAGACCUCAAGGUUCCUUACCCAGUGACACACAAAUCAAUCCUAAAGGUAAGGAACAAUGCCAAGCAAUCACUUUAAGGAGUGGAAAAGAGAUUGAAGGGGUGAAUCAAAAAGCAGUUGAAUCUGAGAUUGAACAUGUUGAUAAGGAAGGAAUGUGUGAGAAUGAAAUUGAAAUUCAACAAAAAGAUGAUGACAAGGCUGAAAAUCAAGGAACCUCUCAAGUCAUCCAUCCUCCACCACCUUUUCCCCAAAGACUUCAAAAGCAAAAGCUUGAAAAGCAAUUUCAGAAGUUCCUCAAUGUCUUCAAGAAAUUACACAUAAAUAUUCCUUUUGCUGAAGCUUUGGAACAAAUGCCCAGUUAUGUCAAGUUCUUGAAGGACAUCCUCUCCAAAAAGAGAAAGCUAGGUGAGUUUGAAACUGUCUUCCUUACAGAAGAGUGUAGUGCAAUUCUCCAAAAUAAACUGCCACCCAAACUCAAAGAUCCAGGUAGUUUCACAAUCCCUUGCACAAUUGGUAAUUUAUUUUUUACAAAAGCUUUGAGUGAUUUAGGUGCAAGUAUCAAUUUAAUGCCUUGGUCAAUUUUUGAGAAACUUGGUUUGGGGGAAUGCAAACCCACUUCUGUUACUUUGCAAUUGGCUGAUCGUUCUUAUGUAUACCCGAGGGGAAUUAUUGAAGAUGUUCUUGUCAAGGUAGAUAAAUUUAUUUUUCCAGUUGAUUUUUUAAUUCUUGACAUGGAAGAAGAUAGGCAAAUUCCAAUCAUCCUUGGGAGGCCAUUCUUAGCUACUGCAGGCGCAAUCAUUGAUGUGAGGGAAGGCAAGAUAAGUUUUAAAGUUGGAGAAGAGGUAGUCGAGUUUAAUAUUUUCAAUGCAAGUAAACACCCUAGCUCUACAAAUUAUUGCGAUAGAGUGGAGUUAAUUGAUGAAGGCAAAGGUGAACUUAUUUCUCCACCUACAAGUGAGCAGGCAUCAACCUUUGAGUUUAAGCCACCACCUCCACCCAUGAGACCCAAGCAGUCACCAAAGGAGCAUCCUCCAGCACUAUCUAAUUGCCCUUUCGAGAUUGGACAACAAGUAAUGAUGCUUUCUCGAUCAUACUUCAAGCUUUUUCCAUGGAAACACAAAGAAAGAUGGUGGGGUCCUUUCAAAGUAGUAAAAGCAUAUCCUUGUGGAAUAAUAGAGAUUGAUAGUGAAGAUACGGGCACAUUCAUGGUUAAUGGGUUGAGCCUUAGACCAUAUUUCGAGGAUGAAGAACUGCAAAAGGGGGUGCUAUAGUCAAGCUAGUGACUAUAAAGAAGCGCUUCUUGGGAGGCAACCCAAGAUAUUUUUUUUUCUAAGUUUAGUUGUUAUUUUAGUUAGUUCUUGUUUUUUCUAUUUAAAUAAGUAGUUUUAAUCUCUCCCUAGCUUGUUUUGCUGUGUAUGCAGAUUUGGAAAGCAUGAAGAUGAGGAGAAAGAAGAUUAGAGCUUUCAAGGAACUACCACCAUUGAUAGGGAAGUUUCUUUUUCUUAUUCUUUUUAACUUUUCACAUUGAGGACAAUGUGCAAUUUAAGUUUGGGGGAAGGUUUUAUUGUUAUUAGUUUUUGUGAUAGUUUAUGUUAAUUUAUUUUCGUAUCUUUUCAACUAGAUUUACUUGUGCCAGCUUCAUUUAAUUUACCUAUCCAAUGAUGAGAAAUCAGUUAUAUUCCUAUCUUGAUUCUUCAAAACACGUGAAUAUUGUUUGAGUGUUAUGUAAAUUCUCAUGCUAAGCUUUGCCAUUAGGUUGAAAU